UCGAUCAUGAGCAGCACUGACACCUGACAGCAGCUGGAAGUUCAGGUGCUGCAGAACAUUGGAGGGAAAGAGCUUCACGUUUUUCUCAGAUAUGAACGGGUUUCUGUGCCUGCUGGCUGCAGGUCUUUACCUGUGCUCGCAGCACCAGGUGAACACUGAAUCUCGUUUGAGCAGGAGUCUCAUUGAAGAGGCAGUGAUGGCAGCUAAAGCCAAUGUGGACUCAGCUUAUGAGUACUCCAGAAGAGAGAGUCUUCAUCGUGUGAGGAGGAAUUCAGCGAACCCUUCAGACGUCCUGCGGUUGCUGAAGCAGCCUGUUGGGUUUACCCGUGUUGCUGUGCGGGCUGCUGACUACAUGGAUAAUGCUGUGAAACUGGUCAAGAGGUCUUUGGAAAGACGUCAGAAACGCUCCAUCAAUGCCACAGACCUGAUCUCUGAGGAGGACCUGCAGGUCAUUGCUGACCUGACCGGCUGCUCUCCCCGACAUCGUGUCCCUUCUUGCGCGGCAACUCCAAAUUUAAACAAGUUUCGUACUGUAAGCAGCGUCUGCAACAACAGGAAAAACACCCGCUGGGGAUCCUCCAACACAGCUUUCACCCGCUGGCUCCAUGCUGAGUACCAGGAUGACAUCUCUCUGCCUAAAGGCUGGGACCGCAGAAGGAGAGUCAAUAGACGAGUUCUUCCUUUGGUAAGAGCAGUGUCCAACCGUAUUCUGCGCACAGCAAACUCUCAAGUGGAGAGCGACCCGCUCUACACUCACCUGGUGACAAUCUUCGGCCAGUGGACGGACCACGACCUGACCUUCACCCCUCACUCUCCCGUCAUCCGCUCCUUCAGUAACGGCAUUGACUGUGACAAGAGCUGUGAGCGCACAGAGCCCUGCUUCCCCAUUGAGAUUCCCAGGCAAGACCCCCGCUUUGGCAGAAAAUCAGAAGAGUGCAUACCCUUCUUCCGCUCAGCAGCAGCUUGUGGUUCUGGCAACACAGGCCACAUCUUUGGCGCGAGCAAUGUCCGCCAGCAGAUGAACUCCCUCACAGCUUUCAUCGAUGUAGGCCAGGUGUACGGUGCAGAAGAUACCAAAGCUAGGUUCCUGCGGGACCUUUCCUCAGAUAAGGGCCUGUUGAAGGUCAACACAAUGUUCACUGACAACGGCCGUGAGCUCCUGCCCUUCACCAACAUGAGUGCCAACAUGUGCACCACACGAGCCCGCAUCACUAAUGACGUUGAUGUUGAGGAGGUGCCCUGCUUCCUUGCUGGUGACGAGCGGUCCAAUGAGAACAUCGGCCUGACCUCUUUACACACACUGCUGCUGCGCGAGCACAACCGACUGGCACGUGCUCUGGCCGAAAUCAAUCCUCACUGGGACGGAGAGAGACUCUACCAGGAGGCUCGAAAGAUCAUGGGAGGAUACUUCCAGGUUCUCACUUUCAGAGACUAUUUACUCCACAUUGUUGGUCCAGACUUUGUUGCCAAGCAGCUGUCCACCUACCCUGGCUAUAAUGAAAACGUGGACCCCAGCAUCUCCAAUGUGUUUGCCACAGCUGCCUACCGCUUUGCCCAUCUGAUGGUUCAGCCUUUCAUGUUUCGUCUUAAUGAGAACUACCAGGAGCACCCUGAUUUCCCCAGCCCACUGCUGCACAAGGCCUUCUUCACACCAUGGAGGAUUGUCUUUGAGGGUGGUUUGGACCCAAUCCUGAGAGGGCUGGUGGGUCGCAAGGCCAAGCUGAACACGCAGGAUCACAUGAUGACUGACGAGCUGAGGGAACGGCUGUUUGAAUUCUCCACUGAGUUGGCGCUGGAUCUGGCCUCUCUCAACAUGCAGCGAGGCAGAGACCACGGACUCCCUGGCUACAACAAAUGGCGGCAGUUCUGUGGUCUGUCACAACCACAAAACCUGACAGAGCUGGCUAAAGUGAUGAACAACACAGAUCUAGCCACUAAACUUCUGGACCUCUACAGCAUACCUGAUAACAUUGACGUGUGGCUGGGAGGAGUGGCUGAGCCAUUUGUCCCUGGAGGAAGAGUGGGACCCCUGUUUGCUUGCCUGAUUUCCACUCAGUUCCAGAGGAUCCGCCAGGGAGACCGACUUUGGUGGGAGAACGAGGGAGUCUUCACUGAGGCCCAGAGGGAGUCCCUGAAGCAGACGUCACUUUCCCGCAUCAUCUGUGACAACACUGGUAUCAUUGAAGUACCAGAGCAGCCCUUCCAAUACAUGACCAGCUCCAAUUACACUGCAUGUACCGACAUCCCGGCCUUUGACCUCAGUCCAUGGAAGGAGGAUGGAAAUAAUUCAGCUGCACCUGCAGGAUCAUCAGCACCCAGAGGACCACGUCAUCUGAUGGGCCCCUCUGGAUCUCCUAGCACAGAGGCCAAGGUUGCUUUCUCUGUGCGAUUGAACACCAGCUUCCCCAAAAGUGGUGUUCCCAUCAUCUUCAGUGAAGUCAUCUACAAUGAACAGAACAGCUAUGACACCCGGACAGGGUAUUUUACCUGUGAGAUUCCAGGUGUGUAUGAGUUCGAAUUCUUCUGUUCCAUAAACCAGGUCGAUGCUAGUGUGGAUCUGGUGCAUGAGAACAAGGUGAUUCUGCACUCAUUCACCUCCCAACAGAGCGGUUUCGUCACAGCUAGUGGCAGCACGUUCAUUAAGCUUGCGAAGGGAGACAAGGUCUGGCUGAUGGCCAACCAAGGUAAGAAUGGUCUGACCAAGGAAAGCUUCUUCUCAGGGCAUCUGCUGUUCACUGAGUAGGCGACUGUCCUUGAUACAGCUGUUGACCCACAACAUCCUUAAAGCACUGCCAAAAGGCUAUUUUGACCUGUUACCUGGUCUUAUGUGCAUCAUUUAAAUGCUGCCAAUAGGGUGAGAUAAUCCCACUUUCCACAUUGCAGUACAGUCUCCUACACUGCACAAGUAACAAAGUAUCUGGACUCCCACACAGGUGCUCUAAAUGACUCUGAUCUGACCUUCAAAGUAGAGCUCUGCUGAGCGUUUGCUGAAGUCACCAAUCUCUAUGUACCAGUAGGAAUUAUGAAUCUCUCUAAAGCAGCUACAGGCCAAAUAACAUCUUAAAAUUGACAUUUUUUGUCGUGGAUCUUGCUGACGGCAAAACAUAAUGUUUGAAAACCUGUGGCAUUAUGACUAUGACUUCACUAUGUUUAAAUAAAGCUUUGUAUUGAAUGAAGGAAUAUCCAUAAAGGACUGAUAUCUGCACAAGAAACGUAAAACUUACUCUAUGUAUUCUUCUUUUGAUCUUCGACUGAAAAACAAUGCGAAGACCAUUCACUUGAUAUUUAUUACUUUCUCUUUUUCUUUUGAAUGAAUCAUUUUACUGUCUUCUUGAUUUGUCUUUGCCUCUUCUGGAAAGUGUCCAGAAGAGAACAUUUUUACUGCCUGUAUCUGGUAAAUGGAUGUAAACCAGCAGGUAAUCUUUAAAUAAACUGCAAAUGUAAUAGGCGUAAUUUGUGGAACACACAUUUGUUUGUCCAGAGUUUGAGUGUAAGACUUGUAGUCAUUUUAACAUUAAUAAAUGUUUGUCGGUC